UCAGAGGCUCUCCAUGUGCCUGAGAAGAGAGGCCUAGCAGUCUGGGACUGGAUUGUGGAAGAGAAGGGGAGCCAGGCUGCUGUGGAGGAGUUUGAUCCAGUCCAGGGGCUGUUGGAUGCAGCUGCAGACUGGGACUGGAGGCCUUUGGAGCUGGGAUCUAGCAGGCUGCUUCUGAUAGGCACAGCACGAGGCUGUAAGUGACUGGGCCUUUUUGGGAAGAGUGCUGCCUGGGACAGAGCUGCUGCCUAGCUUGGAGCCUCGUCCACACUGCCUGCAGAGAACUUCCACUACAGCUGCAGUUCUUCAAGCACACCCACGCAAGCCAGAGUCUGGACUCUGAGUGCAGGGGUGUGCACGCUCCGGGGUGGGAUCAGUAUGGGCAGGGUCACUGCUAGAUAUGCUCAUGGCUCAGGCUGCUGUGAAUCUGACGGAAGAUCUCCAAAAUGAAGCCACUUGUCCCAUUUGCCUGGACUCUUUUAAAGAUCCCGUGAUCACAGAGUGCAGCCACAAUUUCUGUGGGGCAUGUAUCAGAGAAUACUGCAAGGAAUCAGCGGGGAAGCUCUCGUGUCCUCAGUGCAGAAAGACUAUCCAGCCAAGAAAUUUCAGGCCCAACAGGCAGCUGGCAAACAUGGUAGAAAUAGCGGUGCAGCUUGGUUUGGAAGCGGCAAAGAAAGCAGAAGAAAUUGUGUGUGAGGAGCACAAAGAAUCUUUGAAACUCUUCUGUGAACAAGACCAGAGGCCGAUCUGUCUGGUGUGCCGGGAGUCCCAGACUCACAGGGAUCACACUGUGGCUCCAAUAGAGGAAGCUGCCCAGGCCUACAAGGAAAAGCUUCAGAGCAGUUUGUGUUUCUUACAAACAGAGAGAGGAAAAUUUAAACCACGCGGAGAAGAGCAAAGCGACGCACUGCUGAGACAGACUGAAUUGGAGAGACAGAAGAUUUUGUUUGAAUUUGAGCAGUUGCAUGAGUUUCUGAGUGAACACCAGUGCCUCCUUCUGGCACAGCUGGAAGUGCUAGAUGAGGCGAUUUUAAAGCGGCGGAAUGAAUAUGUCACUAAAGUUGGCGAGAAAACGUUACUACUCGGUGAACUGAUCAGUGAGCUACAAAGGAAAUGUUCCCAGCCAGCAACAGAAUUCCUUAAGGAUGUUGGCAGCACCUUGAGCAGGUGCGAGCGUGUGAAGGCGCCAACUUCAGAGCCCGUUUCUCCUGUGCUGAAGAAGAGAGUCAGUGACUUUUCAGAAAAUAAUAACCUUGUAAUGGGGGUGCUGGCCAUGUUCAAAGAGAAUCUGCAAGCUCAGAUGGAUAAAGAAAAAGUGAAUGUGACUCUGGAUCCAGAAACAGCAAAUUCCCACCUCGUCCUGUCAGAGGACGGGAAAAAUGUGAGACUUGGAGAGGGGCGGCUAGACGUGCCUGACAAUCCCAAGAGGUUCACAUCAAGCCCCUCUGUCCUGGGCUCCGAGGGAUUCACAACAGGGAGACACUAUUGGGAGCUGGACGUGGGAGAUGGGACUGGAUGGGCUGUGGGGGUUGCCAAAGAGACUGUGAAGAGAAAGGGACCGCUAAGUCUUGAGAGAGAAGGAAUCUGGGCGAUCCGGCUGGACUGGGAUCAUCAAUACACAGCUCUCACUUUCCCCCCAACUCUUCUCGCACUGGAUGAGAAGCCCAGGAAGAUCCGAAUUCACUUAGACUACGAAGAAGGUCAGGUGACCUUUUACAAUGCAGAGAGCAUGGCCCAAAUCUUCAAUUUCUCUACCUCUUUUAAGGAGAAAAUCUUCCCUUACUUUUGGCUCUGGUCCCCAGGAUCAUAUAUCCAGGUGUAUCCCUGAUGGGUAUCAGGCUUCUUACAAUGUCUCUCACAUGAGAACUCCUGCUCACAGCUGGAGAGAGAGGCGUCAUUAAAAGAAAACUAUCUGAAUGCUCAGAAAUGACCCACUUGUAUUGUUCAUUGCAGUAAGUUCAUCUGCACUGGUUACCCAUAGCCUUGGGCUGGAUCAUCUCAUUUGUGUAUUGCUAUAAUGCAGUGCUGUCUGCUGGAUGUUCUCUACUGCCCCGUUAAGUGCCCAUGUCAGGUUUUCUCCACAAACUUCUUAGCUUCACUAUGCUAGCACUCUUAUGUCAGUCCGAUUAGGUGUCAUUUGUAACUGACACAGCUGUGUCAGCUAAAGCCACCCUAGCAUAGAUAUGGCUACACUUUCAAAUGCACUUUUCCCACUAUAGGCAAGGCUACAAUUUUGCAAGGAGGUUUACAGGAUCUGUCGAAAAAGGCUUUUUUUCCCAACAGAUCCCUCUCUUGACUGCCACUUUUUGCCAAUGAAGUGCUGAGUUUGGCAAAACGCAGCGGCCAUUUUUAUGCAAAUUAGGCAUGGGAUAUUUAAAUCCCUGCCUCAUUUGCAAUGUCAACCUGCCUAAUUUGCAUCCCUCUGCCGACAGAAGGAUGCAGUCUAGAUAUACCCUAAAAGUAACUGACAAAAUGGGACUGGGCCUGAGCCCUGAAAGGUUUAGUGUCCCCCACCACUGGCUGGGAGCUGUGUGGGACCGACCCCCUGAAGCAGCUGGGAGCUCUAGGGCCCCCCAUCCCUUCCCUUAAACUCCUGUCCCGCCUCUUCCC